UUGAACAAAUCCAGACAUUAGAAGAUGGACUUCAGAAACAACAGGAAUCCUUGCAGUGGCCAAAAGAAACUCUGAAUAAGACUACCGAGCACUGAUAGAAGAAAUACUGUACGAUGAAAGUAAAUUUGCUUUUUGUUCUGCUCUUAAGAGUAUCUCUAUUUCAGCCCCCUAAUGAAGAACUGGAGAAAGAGAAAACAGUGCAAGGGAACCUCAAGAGGAACAUAGACGAAGAAUCUAGAAGGUUACAGCAAGCGCAUGAAGAGAUCUGUAGACUGACCAAAAAAAUAGAUAUGAAGGAAAAAGAACACAAUAAACUUGAGCUUGCCUUAGAAUCAGCCCAACUGGAAAUUGAGGCACUAAAAGAAAAUUUGAGAAGACUUAAAGAAAAUGAAUCAACCAACCUGCAGGAAGCAAAGCAACACAGUCAGAGACUGGACAGAGAGACUCUGGCAUUAAGAAAUCAUGUCCAGAGAGACUCAGAAAGAAAAUUGCAUGUGGAAUUGGAUAAAAAGAAAGAAAUAGCGGCCAAAGACAACGGCAAAGCAGAAAGAAAUGAAAAAAGUGAUGAGACAUUCCAUGAAAGAUGUAAAAAGUUGGUUGGAGACCAAAAGUGCAAGUGCACAGACCUUCUUUAUAAGUUCCAGAAGCUUGAGCAGGAACAUGAACGUUUGGUAGAAUGGAAUGAAGAAUUAGAACUUCUUUUGGGAGAGACUCAAAAUCAAACCAAGGAAGAGAGAAAACAGUUUGAAUAUCAUAUUGAAAAACUUCAAAGGAAAAGUUCACUAGAGAAAAAAUUAAGAUACCAACAGCAAGAAGAAGAGCUGAAGAAGCUUCGACAGAACUUGCAAAGAGUGCAGACUCUGUGCGGCUCAGUUGAAAGAGAGCUUCAGUUUGAGCGGACAAAAAACUUUGAUUUAAAGCAGCAGAAUAACUUACUUCAAGAAGAGAACAUUAGGAUCAAAGCUGAAUUGAAGCAGGCCCAGAAGAAACUAUUAGAUAGCACAAGUAUGUGUUCUUCCAUCACAGCAGACUGGGAAGGUAGUCAACAGAAAGUAAGAGAGCUUGAACAAGAAAUACUUAAACAAUCUGAGAAUAUUCAAUCACAGAACAAUUUAUGUGAAAAACUUGCUCAAGAGAAAACCAGAGUGGCUUAUGCAGAGAAAAAGGUCUUGGAACUCCAGGAGAAGUUAGAAGCUGCAAAUGAGUCUUGUACCAAAACCUGCAUUUUAGAUAAAAAGCAGCUUGAAGAAGAGGUAAAAGAAGCAAGAAAAAAUGAGACCAAACUAAAAAUGCACUAUGAGGAAGAACAACAGAAGAGGAAACUACUAGAUCAAAAUAUAGACGAACUGCAACAACACAUACAAUAUUUACAUGCUAAAGAGUCUCUUAUGGAACAGUCUAAUUGUAAGCAACAACUUAAGAUUGAACAACAAGAGGCCCAACUUCAGAUGUUAGGAGAUGAAAAGAAAAGAUCUGAUGAGCAAGUUAAGAACAAUCAGGAACUUUCGGAGAAGCUGUCUGUGUUACAACAAGAGAAUGAUUCUUUAAGACAAGAAUAUAGACAAUUUUUGAAGCAGCUUGGUGUCCUUAUGAGAAAUUAUAAUGAGAAACACCAUCACCAUAAAGCCAAGCUUCGGAAAGCCAAGGAACAUUUAAGAAAUGAAGUAGAACAACGAGAUGGAAGGAUUAAACAACUUGAAAAUGAAGUUGAAAGGAUGCAGAUACUGAUGGAAAAGAAGAAGGAAUUCCAGGACCAAGUCACCAUGCAGAAUGAGAAUCUGCAGCUUGAAAAGAAGCAACUUUUAGAGAAACUAACAGAACAAGAUGAAACUAUACAAGGCAACAUAUGUAUGAUCUCUUCAGUCCAGAAUAGAGUGCUUUUCCUGGGUGAAGAAAACAAGCUACUGCAGGAAAAUAACUAUCGGCUUACCCAGCAAGUCAGCCAACUAGAACGAAUCCUCAAGAGUAUCCAGGUUCGAAGAGGGGAGGAGAUGACAAUAAAUGAGCAGUCUGAGAAUGAGCUAUUGAAUAAGAAGCUGAUUUUUCCCACCUCAAGUUUUUCGGCAACAGGUUUGGCAAAGUCAAAUGAAGAUCUUAAAGUGACUGAAGAACAGAAGUCUGAAGAACUACUUGGAAGCCCCAAGUCUUCUCCUUCUUUUUCACAUUCACAGCCUCCUGAAGUGGGCAACUUAAACGUGACUUCUCUAGGAGGCAAACCCAGCAGCCCUGACCAAGACCAGAAUCAGAAGGAUGGACCUAAUGACAUCUAACAAGGGCACCGAGAAAAGCUUUAG